CUAGUGGAGAAAACGUGAUGCAGUGCCCUGUAUGGUGGCCUUCCAAUGGAAAAGGGUGCCGUUAUGAAGUACACCUGAAUUGCCGACCCCUACACGACAGUGCCCCAAAGGGUGCCCUUUCCAGUAGAGAAAAUGGAAUGCAGUGCCGUGUGCGGUUCUCCUACAGGUGAGAAAAACAUGAUUUCAAUUUUUUGGCGCUUCGCACAGCCCAUGUUGUGCAGUCGGUGCCCUUUUUGUUUUCAUCUUUUCGCCCCCCUGCCCCUCAAAAAGCCUGAGUCCGCCACUGGUAUCUACAUCCAUAUCAACGCAAUACAGCCCAUUCAAUGAACCCAAAAUGAACGCGCCCUCCUCCUCUGUCUGGAACUUAUUUUUUGUUGUGGAACUUUCGCUUCCUGUUUGUUGCCUGUUUCCGCACCGUUGCGCAUGGCUGCACUGCGCAGCGUCGCAGCCGCAGUCGCAGUCAGUCAGUGAGUCGGAGAGUCAGUGAGUCGGAGAGUCAGUGCAGCUGAGCUGUGUGUGGAUGUCAAGUCUCCGCCAACUGCUCUCCACUUCACGUCACGUCACUUCACUUCAUCCUCUCUGAGCCCCGUGCGUCUGGAGCGGUCAUCUGCGCUGCGCGUAAAACACACGAUGCCGCCGCCGCAGCAGCUCCGGGACGAGAGUGACUUCGACCAGCUGCCGCACAACAUCCCCAUCAGUGCCACCAUCGCCGACAUCGAGGAGAAGAAAGGCUUCAUCGACUACUUUAGAUUUGUGAUGGAGGUGAAGACCAGAGGGGGGAGUAAGUAUCUGAUCUACCGGAGGUACAGUGAGUUCUUCAACCUGCACCAGGUCCUCGAGUCCAAAUACUCCCCCGAGGACGGAGAGAAACCUGCUCCCAACACCUGCAUCCUGCCCUCUCUCCCAGGAAAGGUCUUCAUCGGCAACAAGCAGGAGAUCGCCGAGAGCCGAAUCCCCGGGCUCAACACGUACAUGAAGAGGUUGCUGGGUCUGCCAACAUGGUUCCUGCUCGACGAGGCUCUCAGGAUGUUUUUCUACCAGACGGAGCGGGACAGCCAGCAUCAACCGCUGGCCCUCAGGCGCCUCCGUCCACCUACCCGCAAAGUGAAGCCGCUCAAACCGAAGAUGGACCUGUUCUCCUCCCCGAGGGCAGAGGCGAUGUUUGACUUUCGCGGCAACGGCAAGGCGGAGUUGAACCUGAAGAGGGGAGAGGUGAUCUUCCUGCUGCGACGAGUCAACGCCGACUGGCUGGAGGGCACCGUGAACAAUCAGACGGGCAUUUUCCCAGAAUCCUUCGUGAAGAUCAUCAAGCCUCUCGCCGAGAGCGAGUCGGAACUGGAAGGCGGAGCGCGCACCUACAGCUGCCUGCGCUGCUUCCUGCUCACGCCGUCCGGAGUCGACACCAGAGACGUGUGUGUGCAAGAGGAUCUCACCAUCCAGCCGACGUACAAGGACUUGCUGUCUCGCAUGAGGAACGUCUUCAAAGAGGACGAUGUUGCCCUGAACUACCGCGACCCCGAGGGCGACCUCGUGCGCAUCCUGGAUGACGAGGACGUCCUGCUGAUGAUCAAGGAGAGCAGAGGUCAGCAGGGCAAAGUCGACAGACCCGUCAAUCAGUUUCCGUGGGAGCUGCAUGUGACCCUGGCCUGGGAUUUUUCCGUUUACAACACCAAGGCCUGAGGGGGAAGAGCUGAGUUCACGGGGGAAGCGGGGAAACUACUGCGCGUUCCGAAAAAAAGGAAGGCGACGACCUCGACGCCGCUUGGCAGAGCUCCUGGUCGAUACAUUUCAACUAAUUUAAUAACUUUUUUUUUCCAGAUUUGUUUGUCAGUUCAUGUAUAAUUGAGAACACUGGAGGUGUUGCGUAAUAUAUCAGCCUCAGGGCGAAUAAAAGAAAACACCUCAUACGAAACAUUUGCAGAUGUGAAGAACAGCGGGAGAAAAUACAAAAUGUUAUGUGAAAAGAAGAAAAACAACCUCUGUGCUGAAUUGUGAAGCUUCUACUUUUUCUCAAAUUAAUAAAGCGCUGUUUACGUCUUA